AUGGAGAGCGGCAGCGACAACAGCGGGCUCCAUAUUCCGUGUCAGCUGGGCCCGCUGCUUCACACAGAGUGCCCACUAAGAUGUGUUCGCUUCCCUGUAGCUAGGAACUUCCUAUUGUCAGAGACCUUGCAGAUGGCCGCUGCUAGUGUGAUGGUGAUCUGGAGCUUGGCUCCCCGUAUUUCCCACGGCGAGGUGCAUUAUGGGGCUCUGAGCAGCCUCCCUGACGCCGGGGAGGACGAGGCCUGGGCCAGGUUCCUCUACAGGCAGUGGGUGGGUCUCGGCUUGAGGGACGUCCGCCUGUCCAAUCACACGGUGCUGCUCAGCCUGCCCGGCCCCGCCCCCAACACCAUAACAGACAGCUCCUCCAAUCAGUGCUUCCUGCCUUGUGGCACGCCGUGCGACCAACCGGGCGGCAGCUACGUGUUCCGUUCAGAGCCCGCCUACGCCGCCUAUUCGGCAGUGGGAAGUUUGGAGGCAGAGGUGGUGGACGUGGAGUACGGCGCUGCUGAUCGCUUGAGGCAGGCCAGCGGAAACGUCAAUCUCACCGGCCGGAUAGCACUGCUGAAACUAGGUCAAGCGCCCCUGCUUUACAAGCUGUCCUUGCUGUCGGUGUGGGGCCUGGGCGGGGCCCUGCUCUACGUGGACCCCUGCGACGCCCCUCCCGACCUGGACGUCCUGCACCAGGCCUUCAGCAUGACGCUGAACCCCGGCGGACACCCUUUGAGCCCGGGAACGCCCAGCGGCUUCCAUCCGUCGAGAGGAGCAGGGGGCAGCCUGACGUCUCUGCUGGUGCAGCCAAUCUCUGCCUCCCUGGCAAAGAGACUGCUAUCGUCCCCCACCUCCCCAGAGGGGGGAGGAGCCUGCAUCCCGUUGGCCACGCCUCCACAUUCAGAGAUGAAAAAGGUCAGACUCACCAUUGGAAACCAGUGGACCCACAGCAAGAUUUACAACCUGGUCGGACACCUGCGUGGUAGAAGGAACUCAGAUCGCCAUGUGCUGGUCGGCAGCCAUCAUGACAGCAGUCAGGGGGGCGGGGCCCCAGCCAUUAUGACACAACUCAUCUCCACCAUGAUGGAGCAGGCCAAAGGGGGCUGGGCCCCGGACAGGACCACUGUGUUUUGCUCCUGGGGGGGGGCCUCCCUGGGUCACAUCGGGUCCCUUCAAUGGGGUCAGGAGCACAGGGUGGUCCUACAAAGCAGUGCGGUGUCCUACGUCAGCCUGAACUCUCCAGUCAGAGGGACAGAGAGGCUGAGGGCCACGGCCUCCCCGGCUCUGCUUCAGCUCACCUCGGACAUCCAGAGAAGACAGCUUCUGAGCUGCAUGCGUGGUGGGAACUGCCCUGGACCAAACGUCAGCUCUUCGCAGUUGCCAGGAGACGUGAGCUUCUUCGCCAACCAAUUGGCUGUACCCACGGUGGAGUUUGCCUUUGAGCAGAGCAAAGACGAAGAGACUACCACCUAUCUGUCAGAGGUCCAGUUUGCCAUUGAGCCUCCUGAAACCCUUGACCCGCUGUACAAGUUCCAUGAAACCAUCGCCAAGAUGACAGCAGAGGCCAUUUUCCGGCUGGUGAAUGACCCUGUUCUGCCUUUCUACCCGUUGGACGUCGCUCUCGACGUACAGAACAAACUUAAAGCGGUCAGCAUGCCACCCCCUGCCCUGCUGUCCUGGGCCACCUCUCUGCGGGACAGGGCCGCCUUCCUCCAGUCUGAAACCAUGAGGCCGGCCAACGACCCCAAAGAGCGGGAGCCGUCCCACGUGCGCAUGCUCAACGACGUGCUCCGCGACCUGGAGAAGAGCUUCGUGGUGCCGCACGCCCCCCCCGGAGUCUACAGGAACCUCUUAUACAGCCUUCCUGGGAAGACGCCCCAGUUCUCCACGCUCAGGUUCCCCCAGGAGGACGCCGGCCCCGCUGAGGAGACACAGAGGAGAGCGGCUGUUCCUGCUCCUUCGCAACACGGAGCCUGCGACAACCAAUCGCUGUCUCUCAUUCUGGCCGCCGUUCGGUCGGCCGAGAUGCUGGUUUGCUUCGGCCUCGGGCUGUUUGACGAUAACAACACUGGGGACGGCAAAUGACGGCACGGCAAAUAACGGCACGGCCUUUGGUUUAUUCUUGACAAAAUGUCUUUCAAAGAAUAAUAAUGAAACCCGGAAACAAUUGGAUGGAUCAUCCGUACAGCCCCUAGAUUAAUAUAGG